AUGCCCAUUGGCAUCGCAAUCGGCAUCGCAGUCGCCGCCUCGUAUGAUCCGUCAUCACCCGUGGCGGCCGGCGUCCAAGGCGCCCUCUCCGCCUUCUCCGCAGGCCUGCUGCUGCACAUAGGUAUGUUCCAGCUCAUCGGGGAGGAGGCCAGCAGGCACGACUUGCUGGUCAGGCCGCAGCUGGCCGCCGCGCUGGCCGCCGCGCUGGUCCUGGGCGUGGCCGGCAUGGCGGUAAUCGCGCUGUGGGGAUGA